UUCGUAAAUAACAUUUCGAGUUUCUUCAACAUUUUGCCUUCAUGGCCGUGGACAGUGGGCGCGGAUAAAUGCGAACCCAAUUAUAUGUAUAUUGAACAUUAACUAUGUCCCGUAGGACAUGUUAUGUAGAAGAAGUAACAAAAUUGCACAAUAUCGAUAGAUUAAGCGAUACUGACUUGCAGAAAAGAUUAUUACAUACUUUGAUGUGUAAUUUUAAUUAGAAAUAUACAUCCUGUGAUAUUGGAGGGGUUAUAAUCAAGGACAAAUAAUCAGUGUAUUAAUAAAAUUGUCACAUAUCCAAAGUUAAUUUACAAUUAACGUAUUUUAACUAUCUCUACUUAUCGCGUGUAAGCUAUUGUAGAUAAAAAAUAUGAAAAAAGUUCCCCAAGUUAUUGCAAAAUCUUGCCCAUUUAUUACUCUGUUUUAUAGUUUAAUCGUUGUUAUUCUAACCACAUAUAUUAAUGGACGAAUUACUCCAAUCUUUAUAUUUCUUUGCAUUCAAGCAUAUUUGAAUUGGUACUCAGUGUACAUUAUUGGUCGUAAAACAACAAUUAUGGAAGUUACCACAAUAGGAAGGAAAUCGAUAUAUAACAAAGUAGCAAAUAACACGGAAUAUAAAUGGUACUGUGAGAAAUGCAUCAAAUAUACAUGCAAACCAACACAGCACUGCAUUUUCUGUAGAAAAUGUUUUCACUUUCGAGAUCAUCAUUGUUUUUUCUUAGGUGCUUGUAUACUACGACAAAACAUUGGAAAUUUCAUCUUAUUUUGUUUUUAUGCAUCCUUAACAUGCAUAUACUCAUUGUGCACGCUAGGACCUUAUCUGUAUGAAAAUAUCAAUCGUGUAAUAAGAUCAGAUACAGAUUCUUUCAAUAUAUUCUUAAACUUCUGUUUUCCUGUUGCCUUGGUUAAAUUAUUAUAUUCUAGACAAAACAGUUACAUAUUACUUGUAACAAUGUUUGAUAUUUUAGUUACCGUUUCAUGUAUUUGCUUAGUGUACGCAACAUGGAAAUUACAUAGUUGCACGACUGGUAAACAAGGCUAUUCUAGCACAUUGGGAAAACAAAACUUAAAUGAAAUUUUUGGUAAUUAUGGUCUUUCAUAUAUAUAUA